AAGCUCAGUGCGGCGUCGGUUCUACACCAAAGCGUCGCGACGCGCAUUUCUCUUCACACCGUAACCAUCACUCUCUGCAGUCGUACGCGUGCCAUCACGCAUAACAGUCGCAUUCCCCUCGCCGGACGUCGCAUUCUCUCGAUCGCACGUGGACCGCGCUUUUCAGACGAACUCUUCGAAUACUUCACUUCUCUUUAAGUUAAACACAAUGCUCGUGUAUUUGGGCACCGUUUUCGUCGCGGUCCUGCUGACCGCAGGACACGUCCAGUGCGGAAGCUGCAGGGAAGCCAAACUUUGCUGUCCCGGUAGAGACUCUUCGUGUGUCGUCCAGAAGGCUCCGCUGAAUGCCAUCGUCGAAGACAUCGGCGAUAAACCGUGCUACUGCGAUCACGCUUGUCUCAAACUUGGCGACUGCUGCGAUGACUUCAAGGAAGCCUGCGGAGGUAACUGAAAACAAAAAGUUAAACAAAAGUUAUUAAUUAGUAUAACUUAA